GUUUCCGAAACCUAACUUCCUGAAACCUAACUUCCUGAAACCUAACUUCCCGAAACCUAACUUCCCGAAACCUAACUUCCCGAAACCUAACUUCCCGAAACCUAACUUCCCGAAACCUAACUUCCCGAAACCUAACUUCCCGAAACCUAACUUUCGGAAACCUAACUUCCUGAAACCGUUUCCGAAACCUAACUUCCCGAAACCUAACUUCCCGAAACCUAACUUCCUGAAACCUAACUUUCGGAAACCUAACUUACGGAAACCUAACUUCCUGAAAGCGUUUCCGAAACCUAACUUCCUGAAACCUAACUUCCCGAAACCUAACUUCCCGAAACCUAACUUCCCGAAACCUAACUUCCCGAAACCUAACUUUCGGAAACCUAACUUCCCGAAACCUAACUUUCGGAAACCUAACUUCCCGAAACCUAAGUUCCUGAAACCG